UCCCAACCAAACAACCCGAGACCCACGAAACCAGAGCCUCACCGCAGCGCGACUUCCCCCUCUCCGUCCCAACUACCGCAAUCUUUAACGACGUCAACGAAGCGAUUCCUUACAGACCACUCAUCUCCUAUCUCCCGACCGGCGGGGCUAAACUCCCCAAUCCAACCAUCUUACCAUCCCCCCACCACACACGCAGUCGUUGAACCCCCCAAAGUAAACAAACAACAUAGACGAAAAGCCGCCAACACCAACACCAACACAACUACAAUCACAACCACAACCAAAAUGGCCCACAACGGAGCAACCUACGCAGACUGCGUCGCCUCCCUCCGCUCCUCCCUCGACUUCCUCUCCUCCUCCGUCGCCGCCCUCGACGCCGGCGUCUCCGACCUUCCCCGCGUCGCCUCCGUCCUCCGCCCGACCCGUCACUUCGAGCUGAUCCCCCAGCCCACCCUCGCCGCCGCCGAGGCCUCCCUGCGCGACGAGAUCGGGCCCCAGAUCGCCCUGCUCCUUGACCGCGCCGACGCCCAGAUCGCCCGCCGCGAGAGGCGCAUCGAGACCCUCCAGGCCCGUUGCGAACUGCUUCAGGGCCGCCUGGCCCGGCCCGAGGCUGACGACGACGACGAAAAUAACGGCGGCGGCGGCGGCGGCGCCACCAAGAAGUACAAGAAUAGCAGGGGGGACGCGAAAAGAAAGCCGCUGGGUGGGGAGAGGGCCUUGAGAGCGAGGGCCGUGAGGCAGAGGAGGGAAGGGCUGGAGUAUAGCGUCGAGAGGCUCGAGCUGGAGGUCCUGACCAAGGAGCGGGAACUGAGAAAGAGGCUGGACAAGGCAUAGG